AAGUGUAGCUUACUGCACGCAACUAAAUAAGCAAUACAUGUUUCUCACUAGGAUUGUCAAAAAGAAAAACAAUCAACUAUUGCAGAAGACAAAUGAGCCACCCAAUUUGGGGGAAAGGUUUUUCAAAAAACAUUGCUCAUUAGGGAGCAGGCAUGGCUCAGGUGGAGAAGAAAGGUGGCCUCUUGAGGCGGACAUCGUCCUCUAAGAAGCCCUUGAAAGAGAAGGUUGUCCUGAUGUAUGAUGACAUCUUUGCGGGGACAGAUCCUGCCAUCGCCAAUCCUCGGUUUUGGGACGAACUCUUUUUAAUGAAGGUGAACUUGGAGUACCUGGAGGCAAAGCUGGAGUCACUCGAUGGUGAUGAGGUGCUGAAAAUUAAAGGAAACAUCAAUGGGCUCUUUCACCACUGCAUACAGGCCCUGGGGGAGGAGCAUCAAAUCAAAGUGGUGAAUGCUUUACAGACGCUCUGUGCUUUGUUUAGAGGUGUCCACCAGAAGAACAAGGCGGCCACUGGCUUUGACAUCAUCAACAUGCUGAUGGGCUUUGACAAGGCUGAACUGCGCAUGAAGGAUCUGAUGGAGAGUUUAGACAGUCUACUUUGUGGCGACAGUUCUGCAAGUCUGAAGAGCUUGUGCCUGAAGUUACUGCUGUGUCUAGUGACCGUAACCGAUAACAUCAGUCAAAACACCAUUCUUGAAUAUGUGAUGAUAAACAGCAUAUUUGAAGCCAUUUUACAGAUUCUGUCUGAUGUGUCAAGUCGAUCACAACAUGGCUACGAUGCUGUCGUCCUGCUGGCCCUGUUGGUCAACUAUAGGAAGUAUGAGUCUGUGAAUCCCUACAUUGUGAAGUUAUCUAUUGUGGAUGAUGAGCCAACAUUAGAAGGAAUGGGCAUGGUGGUCCAUCAAGCAUUGGCAGAGUACAACAGGCAGUACAAAGACAAAGAGGAGGAACAUCAAGGAGGUUUCUUGUCUGCGCUUUCUAGUAUGGUGGGCAGCAUGUUUAUAGCAGAUGCAGACGAGAAGCUAUCAGUCCAGACAAAUGAAGCCAUACUCUUGGCCCUGUAUGAGGCGGUACAUCUGAACAGAAACUUCAUCACAGUUUUGGCUCAAUCUCACCCAGAGAUUGACAUGGCUGCAACAUCCGUAGAGCCUGCCCCGACCACUCCCACAACUCCGCUGAGUACAACGCCACCAUUGUUGGACUUGAUGAACUCAGCAGAGCUUCCCCUUGACCCGAACUUGCAAACAAGUAACCUUCUCAUCACGUUCCUGAAGUACUCAUCAAUUGUCAUGCAGGACACAAAAGACGAACACAGACUUAACAGUGCUCGGCUGUGUCUCAUCAUCCUGACCUGCAUUGCUGAGGAUCAGUACGCUGAUGCCUUCCUGCAUGAUGACAACAUGAAUUUCAGAGUUAAUCUACACAGAAUGCCCAUGAGACACAGAAAGAAGAUGGCAGACAAGAGCAGCCCAUCAAGACCUCUUGUGUGUGCAGUUCUCGAUCUAAUGGUUGAAUUCAUUGUGACACACAUGAUGAAGGAUUUCCCGAUGGAUCUUUACAUGCAUUGUGUUCAGAUCAUCCACAAGCUUAUUUGCUACCAGAAGAAGUGUCGAAUCCGGCUGCACUACACCUGGAGGGAGCUCUGGUCAGCUCUGAUCAACUUGCUGAAGUUUUUCCUGUCCAAUGAGACGAGCCUUUUGGCAAAACACAACAUUUUCCACAUGGCCUUACAGGUAGUGAACCUGUUCAAUAUGUUCAUCACCUAUGGAGACACCUUCUUGCCAACUCCCAACAGCUACGACGAACUCUACUAUGAGGUCGUGAGAAUGCACCAGGUCUUUGACAACCUGUACUGCAUGGUGCUCAGAGUCUCCACCAAUGCUGGACAGUGGAAGGAACCUGCGAGCAAAGUCACUCAUGCACUCAUCAACAUCCGGGCAAUUAUAAACCAUUUCAGUCCUAAGAUUGAGUCCUACGCUGCUGUGAACCACAUCUCCCAGCUCUCAGAAGAUCAGGUCCUGGAUGUUGUCCGGUCCAAUUAUGACACUCUUACCCUUAAACUACAAGAUGGACUUGACCAGUUUGAACGGUAUUCUGAGCAGCCAAAGGAGGCCGCUUUCUUCAAAGAACUGGUGCGCUCCAUCAGUUUGAAUGUGAGGAAGAACGUCUCCCUCAACACUCUCAGCCAGGAUGUUCUGCUCAAGGAAUUCUCGUCUAUAUCUUAAUUUUUCAUGUAUCAAUUUGAAGUGUUUAAAAACGAUGACAAAUGACCAAAAGUUAAAAGUAUUUUACCAUACAGUUACCUGCGUCUCAAUAUUGCGCAUCUUGUAUUAGACCAAUAAAGCUUCUUCCUAUUUG